ACUGCUGAGCAAAGCAAAGCACACCUUGCUCUAUCAGCUGAGAGGAAACCGACAGAAAGAAAACACACACACACACAACGAGGGCGAGAGAGAAAGAGGGUGGGACAACGAGAGGAUAGAAGGGCCCUGAAAGUAGAUAGAGGAAGAGAACGAAUGGGAGGAGAGGAAAGGGGGCAACGCUAGCAUGUGGAGUGGCUUUUGUAUUCAAGAUAUUUUGGAGGGGCACGAAUGAGAGAACAGAGGAGGGGGAAGCCCGAGAGAGAAAAGGAGAGGCAGGGGAAAAGACCAAGACUGGUUGGGGGGGCUGGGUGGAAGUUGCUGAGGGGGUUUUGAUUUGUGUAUGUGGGACUGAGGGUGGAGAGAGGUAGACAGGAAGAAAACAAGAUUCGGAGAAGGAGAAGACAGCUAUAGUGCCGGGGUACCCUGACUCAAACAAGCAGAUGGAGGCAGGACGACGUGACAUUUCUCCGUCUGUCUCAACACCACCUCUGCAGGAGGAAGGAAGAGAGUCAACAAACCAGAGAGUGGAGAGAACGAGAGAAGGCAGCCUGACCCAGUGGACGUAGAAACACAGGAGGAGGAGGAGAGACAGAAAAGCCAGCGCAGCCACACGUCAACAGCCCACAGACGACAGAAAGAGGAAGGAAGGAGGGUGAGGCCGAGAGAUACAGUCCAUCUUCUCAGGAGGAUAUUUUGGGUGGAGUUACCCUGUAAUGAUGCCAUAGCCAAGCUACACCCCAGGCUUAGGUGACCGAAGAGGGUGUGUCUGGCUAUCAGCCAAUCGCAGAGGCAGCCCCAGUAGAGUAACAUCCAAUUCUGGUCAUAGCUCCUGUGCCCACCAACUUCACUCCUGCCUCCUCUGUGGUCUUUGCUGUUUCCUGGUUCCCUAUCUUGGGAUGUUGGCGUUGUUCUGUGGCAGCUGCCAUGGAGAUAGACGGGUUCCUUUUGUAGACCAUUUCACACACAACUUCCAGAUGUUGUGCCAAAUGCAGCUUGUCCACACGGGCAGAAUUAGACAAGGACCCGCACAGAGGUGCUGUGCAGCUCAACUUCCUGUUUCACUGUGUUUGACAACAUCACAGCAGGAACUAUAGGACUUCCUAUUCCUGUGGAACAUCUUGCUCUGCCUCCUGGCACUCCCAAGGACCUGCUUGACCGGUUGCACAAAACUUAGUCAAGACUCUUGCCCUCCAACAUCGCAACCAUGCGGCACAUUCACGUGGAAUUGGCCCACAAAAAGGCUCCAUCAGAGCUUCCAGCCCGCGAGGGAGACCUGCCUCCACCGACAGCACCAACACAAAGCAUAGACCCUGGGGUCAGACCGGGGGCGCCUAGACACUUUGGUCAGGAGGAGUUGCGGCUUCAAAAGGUCUACCAGCUCUCCAUUUUCUCCCAGUUGGGGGGAUUUUCUACCUCCACAGAAUCCAACACUGAUACUCAACAGAGACCUGUCCGGCUGGGUGUGAAACGGGGGCUAGAGGAGCCUCAGUUGACUUGUAAGCAUCCUCACCUGGGAGAUGCCUCUGAUGGAGAGGACAUGGAGGGAGGGGUGCUAUGUGGGCCAGUACCAGCUGAAGAUGUUGGGAUAGGAUUAGCAACAGGUCCUAGUGGGCCUGGUUCUGUUUUCUCUUGCACACAGAUGGAGCACAGGGACUCUGAACUGGGGCCUUUACCCAAAUCUCCUCCCCUCUCCCCAAGCCACACCCCCUCCAGACGCCCUACUCAGCACAAUCACGAUAAGCCCAUUCCUGAUGUAUUUGCUCCGCUGUCACCUAAAUCGACCCCGAUGUGCGACCAACAUGGGCGUCUCUGUGACCAGGGCCACUCCUUUGGAAGCUCCGCCAGGACUGAGUCUCCUAAUGGGGGCCGCACACCCACCUUCUCUCUAGGCAGCCCUGGACAUGACAGCUGUAGUAAUGGCUCAUCUGGAGGUCAGCCCAGCCCCCACAUAUAUGAAAUGUCCACAUAUGAAACUCCCAACCCUGCCAGUCCCACUAGCCCCCCAGGCCCCUUCUCUCCCCCACACCACACAGAGCUGCAGGAACCAGGGGAGGCAACCGAAUGGGAAGUUGGACUUGAAUCCUCCCCACCUGAGCGAAGUGCCACCCAGGCUGCCUCGUCCUCCUCUAAAGGCCUGGCUCCCUGGGAGAAAACGCCCAGCAGUAUUGGCCACCGUAUUUCCUCUGGAGGUCCCUGGCCGGCCAAAAAGAGGCUGCUUUCCCCAACCGACACUGGCGAGUCGUGUUCAGAAGAUGAGGGACCCUCCACAUCCAAGAGAAGCAGGCUGUCACUUCUGGCUCCAGGACCUGGUCCUGCCUCAUGUCGCAGCACUGAUGCCAAAGCUGCUCCGUACUGGAACCACCUGCUGCCCUCUGCAUGGGACCGGUCUAAGACUGCCACAGACUGCACAAGAUCAGGGAGACGACUGAAAAGUGGGCUGCGGUUAAAAAGUCGGCAGCUGCGCAGCGGCAGACACACAGACACCGGACGCUCCACACGCUCCAGCUGGCCCUCAUCCUCCAUCAGCAGAUCACUACUUGGCAACUUUGAGGAGUCCAUACUGAAGGGACGAUUCUCUCCGUCUGGCCGGAUCGAAGGCUUCACUGCAGAGAUCGGGGCCAGCGGCUCCUACUGCCCUCAGCACGUCACCCUGCCUGUGCAGGUCACGUACUACGACAUCUCCGAGCACAGCGCUCCCUCGCCCUUUCUGGGGGUGAUUUCCCUCGAGCCUCUGGGAAAGAAAGGAUAUAGCAUACCCAAAGCAGGGACCAUUCAAGUGACCUUAUUCAAUCCCAACAAAACUGUGGUGAAGAUGUUCCUGGUGACCUACAACUUUGGCGACAUGCCCGUCAAUCACAUGACCUUCCUGCGCCAUCGUAUCUUCCUGAUGCCUGUGGAGGAGGGGGUGGAGGGGAAAGGCGAGGUGUCUCCAGGGGGCGGAGCAAUAGACAGGAAGAAGAUUCUCUGCUACCUGAUGCAUCUCAGAUUCCAGAGCUCCAAAUCUGGGAAGAUCUACUUGCACAACGAUAUCCGGCUGCUAUUCUCCCGCAAAUCCAUCGAAGUGGACACGAGGAUCCCUUACGAGCUGAAAUCUUUCACCGAGGUGCCAAGAAACCCUAAAUACUCCCCCCGCGUUUGACCCCAGCUUGACCCUUCGAUCCUCACGGACCCUCCUGUGCUUCCUAAAGAGGAGGGAGGGAAACGGACAGACUGCUAGAAUGAUGAUGGACACAAAACUUGAUUAUGACUGGAUGAGAUAUGUCACAUGCACACAGGACUCGCAUGCACAUAUCACACUCUGUUGGUCAUUGGAAAAGUCCCACUUUUGAUGCACGUAUUCUCCGUUUUGCUAAUUCGAAUCCAGAUAUAAACUGUCACUCAAACAAACAUGGCAUUCCUGGUAUCUUCCAUUGACUGAAAACAUUUAAAAACGGAAAUAUUUGUGCGGGAGCAGUGGAGUUUGCAUGCAGUCAAAAGCAGGACUUUUUCAACACCCGAACAAAGACAGAUACACACAAACACACACUCGCACACCAAAUCCCACGAUCACAGCACAUACCACACGGCUGAAAACGCCUGGGGGCGACUCUCUGAGUUCAGUGUUAACAUGCAUGCCUUGUGACUUAAACACCUGAAUUUUCCUCUAGUGCCGUAUCACACUGUCCUUCACUCUGCCUGCAGCUCCGACCGCCUCUUCGGACCAAUCAGUUCCACAGCUUUGGAUUUGACAAAAAGACACAAACAAUGAGCACAUCCCUGCUUGUUGGGGGAUGAUGAUGAUGAUGAUGACCCCCCCAGCCCCCAGCCCCCAAACCCCCACCCUUUGCACACUCACACACUUUCUGGGGAUGAACAGGGACACGAAACGAGAGAAGAAGGCGAAGGGCGGAAUGGGAAACGGCCAUCUUGAUUGGAUGUUUGAUCAUUUGACACACAGUAAAAACUGCACCAACACGAUUUGAUCAAACUCAGGACGUCCGUUACAGAAUAGAUUUCUCCUUUUUACCAUUUCACUUACAAUGGUACAGACCACUGUGAAGCAAGAGGGUCAUAGCAUGUCAUGAAAAAGAGGGGAGCUCAGUUCAUGCGACGUAGCCAGACUGAGGGACACUGUGCUCUUUUCUUUCUUUUUUUUAAAUGUCUUUUUUUAAUUCUGUUCAGAACACUCUGACGUCGGAGCAGGAAAGAAAAAAGACGAGCUGUAGUAUUUUUAACUUAUGUUUUUUCGCAAAUGUCUUAAUAAGCAAUAUACUGCACAAAGUAGAGUGUGUUUUUCAGUCGGACGAGCUUUCUCUCUGAAGGGAGGGGGGAGAGAGGAAAGCGGAGAAUAGAGAGCGAGGGAGGAAAUGCAGGAGGGAGGGAGGGAUGAGUGGGGAGGGAGGGGUAAUUUAAUAUGGGGAAAAAAGUCUAUGUAUAUUUAAAAGAAUAAACUCUCACGACUAGUGGGUAA